AUGGCGUCCGGGGCGAAAGAAGGGGCCGAAGAAGGCAAAAAACGGUUCAAAUUCAACUAUGAGGAGGACAUGGAGCUCCUCCGGCUCGUGCUCAAGUACGAGCCGUACAACGCGGUGCAUGGCAGCGUCGCCGAGAAGUGGGAGCAUAUCCGCACCGCCCUCUGCGCCUACGUCGACAAGCAGUUCUCGGCCCGCGCGUGCAAGGACCGUCGGGCUUCCGCUUCAAGGACCCGCCGUCGGCGCAGAUGA